AUGAGCAUCAGCCCCGGCAAUCAAGUUGGGAGGCCUUCCGGUGCUUCAGCUCUGCAAAAUGGAGAUGGUUCGGAUCGAGGGUCAGAAUCAGAGGAGGAGGUAUUCGAAGUAGAAGCCAUCCUUGAGGAGAAGCGCAUCAUGGGUGUUACGAAAUAUUUAGUCAAGUGGGCUGGAUAUGACCUGAUGAACGCGACGUGGGAGCCAGCUGAGCAGUUCGACUCCAGUGAUACAUUGAUGGACUGGGCAAGAAAGAAGCCCCUCAUUGAAGCCGAAAGAGAACGUCGAUUUGAUGUGAAGAGAUGGGAAAGGGACCAAAAAAGAAUUCAGGCCAAAUUUGAAUCAUCUGGGAAAGAUUUGAUUGCCGAUAACGCAACGCUCAACACUGAUUUCGACUCCUACUUUAUCCCAUUGCCUGUUCCAGCAAACAUAUCUCCCCCUCUACCCGCCAAUAACGUCAGAAACAGGCGAGAAAGCCGCUUGUCGAUCUCAUCAGACGUCUCAUCUCUGUUUGUUUCCGCCGAAACCGUUUCUCCAGGGCAGCUACCGGCGCCAGACCCGGUGCUACAGAAGAACCCCAUAAAGCCUGCAUCUGGCGCUUCCCAGCCUGCUCAAGACACAAGCACGCGGGCGCAAGCAGUCAAGGAAUCAGGGGCAAUAGCCAGGACAGCCCCAAAGGUAGUACCGCAGCGAGCAGACAACCAACCCGCCAACCAAGCCGAGUAUCAAGCACCCAAUCGAACAGGUCGAAAGUCACAGCAAGCAAAACCAGCUCUGAUAACAAGCAACCCAAAGUCCAGGCCUCAAGUACCACCUGUGAAGUCUUCUUUAUUCCAGCCUGGUCAAACAGCUCGCCUAAGCCAUAAACGGCCGGGUAGUGAUUCUCGGCGCUCAGGUCAAGAGAGGGUGCCCGAUAUCAGUCAAUUGGAGCUCUUGAAACCAUCCGAGUUCCCCAGCAGAGAGAAUUACGGACAUCUUUCAAUUACGAACAAACCAGGCGUUGGCAACCAACUGCCUGGGAAGCUUCCCUCAGACGCGUCAGAGCCGGUGUCUACAGCAUUGGCUCCUACAGAUUCACCAAGCUCAUUUCUAUCUACAGGAGCGACCCAAUCAGAAACACCUUCAGAGAUCCAAGCUCCGGAUACUACAUUUCGACCUAUACGACCUCCGCCCACUAUGCCAAAAGCUGAUAGGCUGUCCUUACGAGAUAGGUCUCCGGAUCGAGUCAACCCUGCAAAGCUGCCUGACUUUGCAAAGCGCCCUAUCGCAUCCGCAGGGAAUAUUCGUCGACGAUCAACAGAGGCAAGCCACCAAAAAGCACCAAGUGUGUAUAGCCGCCGAGAAUCUCCAGGUGCAUCUAGCUCUCGGCGGCGAUCUCCAGAUUUGUCCAGUCGCCGGCGAUCACUAGAUCCAGACAGCCGCAGACGAUCUCCAGAUCCACUUAGCCGACGAGGGCCUUUAGAUCCAUUUCGCGCAGGUGGAGACUGCUAUAGACCAGGUGAACGUGACAUGGAUCCCUACAGGCCGUCAGAUUCAGGCCGAAGAAACGAACAAAUGCGGUCAUCAGGCACAGUACUUUCAACAUUACCCAGUGAUCGCAGCCCGGCUGUAAAAUCUCCCAAUGUCACCACUACAUCCGGUCACCAAUACUAUGAGAUUGCUCGUCGCAAUCCUGUUUCAAGUGAGGAUCGAGAUCUAAUGCCACCUCCAGUCACCGUACCAAGAUCUUUCAACCAAUCUGGCCUCUCCAGAAGCGAUGAAGAGAUGUCUCCAGUCAUAGCGCCGGGGCCUUCUAACCAACCCGUCAUAUCUGCAGAGGAGAAAGGCCAGAUCGCCCAAAUGCCACUUGGAAUCCCAGAUGACACAGUUUGCUUCGUCAAGAAUGGCUAUUUCUACAAUCAAGGUGACCAUGAGGUUCUGGCGCAUGUUUAUUUUGGCGUCGACAAGAAGUACAUUGGCCCUGUGAGACUAUGUGGUCACCGUGUUGCCGCUAAGUACGAUCUUUUGCGCUAUGGAGACCCCCGUGAGAUGUGGUUUAAAGACAUGUGUACUAUGGAAGAAUACGAAGAGCUCUCCCGUGAUAUAAAAGUCCCCCCGAGAUGGUGCAAUGCUUGGAUGGAAGGGUUCGAAGACACGAACGAAGCACUGUUUUUAAUGGGCGAGCGUCUUCGCACGGAAAAAAAGGUAGCCAUAUAUUAUUCGGCCAACAUUCGCGGCUUGAGCUGGAUCGCCUACUCCCCUUCGUCCUCUUUUUACCGUCGUCUUACGCAUUUCAGCUGUGGGAUGCCAGAUGGUGCGGCAAUUUGUCUUACCGUGACGGGUCCCUUGCUGGAUUUUUCAACUCUGAGCACAAGAUCUAGCAGACCCGGGCAGUCAUACGCAUCUGUCAAUGUCCCAUCGAAAUUUGACGUGAAUCAGGCUUCGCUACACAGCUCAUCAAUUAUUCAGCCGGAACGUCGCCCCUGGGUACUUACAGAAUUGAACAGAACAGAUACACGGUUUUCAGAUGAAACACUGCAUGAUGGUGGAAAUGCCCCUUUAGAUACACCAAACGGCCCUUUUGCCGACGGAGGGCUGAUCUCAGUUCCUAGCCCUCCACAUGUCCAGGAGCCAGUUGUUCUAUCGCGAAAAGUGGGGGGCAUUAACAAGGAUACGGCGAACUCAACCGCCAUCGGAAUCGCUCAAAUGCUCACCUUUUUUAGCACGAACCUUAAAGUAACGGUCAAAACCCUCGCCACCCUUAACAAUGGCAGUAUUGCCGACAUGUUUUAUCUCCAUUUCCCUGUGGAAGACAAAGAUGCCAGCGAUGAACUGCAACUCAUGGAGCUGUGGCUUGAACAGCAUAAAGCUAGAUGCUGGACAAGCCGGGACCCAAGGAGUUGGGAAAGAUUCCAAGCCAAUUGCAAGCGUGGUGUGGUUAUCUUCCAUGAAUCGUUCUUUGAGUACGAUAGUUUACGGCCGAAAAUUCGGUCCUUUCAAUGGAAAGAUGACUUCAAUUUUUGGAGUGUCCGUCUCAAUAGACCUUUGGAUUCACCAGAUCAUCGACUCCUCAGCAAAAGCCCUUACAUCCAGCGUCUUUUCCCUAGCGGUACUGCAAUUCUCCUUACCGAGGAUUUAUUCUUGGAUAUGAAACGAGCGGCCAUGAUUGUCUGCUGGUUCUACCACAAGCACUGCAUCAGCCCGGGAACAUCCAAACUCGUGCUUUGGCCAGACGCGAUGACAGAAUUAGAAAAGAGAUUGGACGAUCCCCUGCGGAACAAGGAUGAUGACCCUUACAUUCUGAGCAUCAUAAUCUGUAUCAAGACGGUGAACUCAGUGGACCCAAACUUCCCCCUUUUCGAACCGAACAGUCUUUCCAUCCAACACCUUGAUAGUCUCAACAAUAAUGUGUUAUGUCUACCCGUUGUAGGAUAUGGCCAGCGCACGGGCGCUGAACACCCAGACAUCCCCAAGGGCCUAACACAAGAUGAACGAAACGCAGAUCAUCUCGUCGAGGCUUUUGCUGGAUGGAUGCUAAUGAAUGCAACCCGCUUCCGAAGAAUGGCUGUCAUUUCCGACCAGAGGAACGAAGCCCUCUUACUCCGCUGGUCGGCUUGGGGACAUCUUACUAUCUUGGGCGGUUUCAAGGGUUUCUGCAAAGCAUACAACACCGAUGAAGCCGUCCUUCACGACAGGCUUCAAAACGGCCUGCAGCGCAAUGUCAAUUCUCCACAAAUUACUGCUGAAGCCAACCCUCUUACUACUCCCCGGACCCCUCAGACCCCGCAGGAAUCGCAGGAUCCCUGUGAGCCUCGUAGGGAAAGCAGGGAUCCUAGGCUUCGAAAGCUCAAGGACACCAAUCCUAACGCCGGCCCUGUACAGCCUUACCGGUGA